CAUUUCUCCACGACAAUACUUUAUUUUUAUAGCAGGCGAUCUCGAAUCUUUUGCCACCUUUUUUCAUGCGAACAACAGCCACAUUUGUGAGUCGUAUCUGAUUUGUAGGGGUAAAAAUCGUAGCCAUUUCCAACGAAAGUCCGGUACUUUUAUAGGAGUAAUUCUAUUAAAAAAAAAACGAAAUAUCCCCGCCAAUAACAAAAACCGCUGGUAUUCACACAAUAAACAUUUGUGGUUUAUAUGGAACAUUUGGCUAUGACUGACAGGCUACAGUUUAUACUGCAUUGGGUAAGUGGCCCAAUAGACGAAAUCUGAGGUGGAGUCAAUUAAUUUUUUUUGGUUUUUCGUUGCGGUUCUGCUUGUGAUCAAAUUUUGAGUUUUUGUAAGUGUUGAUUUCAUUAUGGGUGCGGAUAACUGUUCGCAUAAUUUGUUAUUUUGAUCGUGAAUAUUUCGCCGUUUUUAAUCUGGUGGUUUUUUUCUUCGCUGAAUUGCGAAUCUGGUCGAUGUUGGUCCCACAAUAUGUCGGAAAUUGCGUCGUACCUGAUUGACUACUGCACCCUGUUUAUUUUUACUGCAGCGUUUGGUUAUUUUGUACAAGUUGUGCUGAAACGAUAUCAUCUUCGCCAACUCGCGGCGCAGAAUCCGACAAACAAUCCUGAGCCCGGUAAUACUGUUUCUGCUGGUGCAUCUGGAGCUGUUUGUGAUAAAACGGCAACUAGUGACACAGGAGAAACCAGUGAAUCCCUUGACGAAGACCGUGAAGUACCGCAGCAGAAGCUUUUUUCCGCAAAGUGCGUCUGCAAAUCUGAAAGCGAUUCGGGAAUAUGCUGUAAGAACGAACUGAAAACACAUGGAGAGAAAGUCUUCGCAGAGGCGAAGAUUUAUUACGGAUCCGAAGGUGGAACAGCUAAAAAAUUUGCACAAGAGCUAGCUGGCGCAGUGAACGAGCACGUGAGUAAUCGGAAGUGUGAAAUUCUCGACUUAUCAACUUGGGACCCUGAAAAAUUUUUGAAUGAGCUGUCAGCUGAUGUCGCGCAUGUCUUCAUUCUCUCAACUUGGACGGACGGCGAGCCGCCUCCCUCGGCAAAAUGGUUUGCCUUGUGGUUAAAGGAUACAGUCGACGAUUUUAGAGUGUCUAAAAGCUACCUGAAGGACAUGAAGUUUGCAGUGUUUGGGUUGGGUAAUUCAUCAUAUGGAAAAAACUACAACAAGGUGGCGAAAUCUGUAUAUGCAGAUUUAUUGAAUUUGUCUGCGGCUCCUAUCUCUUCUCUGGGACUGGGCGAUGAGGACGUUGUGUCCAGCAAAUAUGGAGGUAUGCACGAAGAUUUCCGCCAGUGGAUGACUACGUUCCUUCGAAGAUUGGACGGCAGCGACAGUGGCGGCGAUAAUGAUAGUGAAUCCUUAAUUGAUGACAACGAACUGUUUGAAACAACCAGCGAAGAAGAGGAAAAUGGAUAUGAGUCGGGAGAUGGCAAAGUUAUGGAUCUGGAAGAUUUAGGAAAUGUGGCCGACAAAAUCAGCAGUGCAAAGAAAACGCGCGUGCUUGAGAAUGGUCGUGCGAAAGUUCGCCGUAUACGAAAGAACGAUGAUUCGAAUGUUGCUAAAGAAAUGGUUACUCCUGAACUGAGAGCAGCACUUUCUAAGCAAGGCUAUCGCAUCGUGGGAUCCCAUUCGGGAGUAAAAUUAUGCCGCUGGACUAAGUCGAUGUUGCGGGGCAGAGGAGGUUGUUAUAAGCACACCUUUUACGGAAUUGAAAGCCAUCGGUGUAUGGAGGCUACACCAAGUUUGGCGUGUGCAAAUAAAUGCGUAUUCUGCUGGAGGCACCAUACUAAUCCUGUCGGCACGGAAUGGCGGUGGAAAAUGGAUCCCCCGGAGCAGAUCUUCUCAGAAGCUUUGGAUAACCAUAUGCAAAUGAUCAAACAGUUUAAAGGUGUACCUGGGGUGAAAACGGAAAGGUUUAAUGAAGGUCUGGAACCCAGACAUUGCGCCCUUUCGCUUGUGGGCGAACCAAUCAUGUAUCCGGCAAUAAACGAACUGGUGCGGAUGCUACAUGCCCGGAAAAUCUCCACGUUCCUCGUUACAAAUGCACAGUUUCCUGAUGCCAUUCGUGCGCUAUCGCCGGUAACGCAGCUAUAUGUAUCGAUCGAUGCCAGCAAUAAAGAAAGCCUAAAAAAGAUUGACCGCCCCCUAUUUGGAGACUUUUGGGAACGCUACAUCGACAGUCUGAAGGCUUUAUCUGAAAAGGGCCAGAGGACAGUUUAUCGUUUAACUUUGGUCAAAUCCUUUAAUGUUAGUGAAAUCGAAGGGUAUGCCAAAUUAGUGGAUCUGGGAAAACCCGAUUUCAUCGAAAUAAAAGGCGUUACAUACUGUGGAGAUGCCAAAGGCGGUUUGACUAUGGAAAAUGUGCCAUGGCAUGAAGAAGUGAUGUCGUUCGUGAAAAAAAUGGAAGAAUUACUACCAAAUUACGAAAUAGCCUCCGAACACGAACAUUCCAAUUGUUUGCUUUUGGCUGACAAAAAGUUCAAAGUGAAUGGAGAAUGGUGGACGUGGAUCGAUUACGACAAAUUCCAUGAACUGGUCCAGGAAUAUCAGAAGCAUGGGAAGACUUUCAGGUCAGAGAAUUACAUGGCCAAAACACCGUACUGGGCGGUGUAUGGGUGCAAAGAGAGAGGUUUUGACCCGGAAGAAGUUCGAUUCUUCCGUAAAAAUCGAAAAGAUGUUAGUGGAUGUUGAUCAUGCGCGUGUUGGUCUUUGUGUUAUGGUCUUUUGUGUCAGCAGUUCAGAUUGGUGCAUAGUCAUACUUUGUGUUUACCUUAGAAACCAAUUUAAUCGAUAAUGAGAAGAAAAGAUUUUGUUGUUGUACUGGUGCAUAGACAAAAAAAUGCUUGACAGUUUUUUCAGGGGGAUUUUGGCCAAAUAAGGCGUUAAAGGCGGUACAGUAG